GUCAGAACGAAUCCACCCGGCAGCCCACCGCAAGCAGUUGGUUUCAAAACGCACUGCUCGUAUAUUGUCUGCAUCUUCUUGUACCUUUUCCCAUUUCCUUUCCCUCUUCUCUUUUUAGUUCCAAAGCCCCUAGCCAGAUUCACAGCAAAAUCAGGAAUAGGAGGAUUAUAGAAUCGAAACAUGUUGGAACAAUUGCUGAUAUUUACUAGAGGGGGAUUGAUCCUCUGGACAUGUAGGGAGCUCGGAAAUGCUCUCAGGGGCUCGCCAAUUGAGACCCUGAUUAGGUCUUGCCUAUUGGAGGAGCGCUCGGGUUCUGCAUCAUACAGUUAUGAUGCACCUGGUGCUGCAUACACACUUAAAUGGUCGUUCCAUAAUGAACUCGGGCUUUUGUUCGUUGCUGUGUAUCAGCGUAUUCUCCAUCUCCUCUAUGUGGAUGAUUUACUUGAAAUGGUCAAGGAUGAGUUCUCGAAAAUUUAUGAACCAACAAGAAUGGUGUACAAUGAUUUUGAUGAUACGUUUCAGCAGCUUAAGAAGGAGGCAGAGGAUCUUGCUGAGAAAAUGAAAAAAUCAAAGCAACCUGUGAAGGCUAUUAAUGCUAAUUUGGGUAAGAAGCAAGGGCUUGGACAAAAGGGUGGUGUGGAUGGAGGAAAUCAAAAAAAGAGCUGUGAUGAUGGAAAUGGUGACAAGGAUGGCAAUAAAACAAAAAGUUAUGUGUAUGAAAAUGGGCACACCAAUGGUGAACAUGUUUCAAAUGGGGAAGUUACUGUAGCAAGUGGUGUUAAUGGUAAGGAAAAUAGGAGUUCCAAUACUGGGGCUUUUGAUAAGGACAAGCUCCAGAAGAUGCGUGGAGGUAAAGGUGGAAAGAAAACUAACACUGCCGCUGUUAGUAAGGCUCCCAAGGAGGAACUAAAGAAAAAACCACGAGUCUGGAAUGACUCACCUCCAGUGUCAAAGUUGGAUUUUACUGAUCCAGUGAGUGAGAAUGGGACUGAUAAAGUUCCUGUUGUGGCAGUGGAGCAUGGUGAGAGUAUGAUGGACAGAGAGGAGAUUAUUAGUAGUGAUAGUGAUAGUGAUGAAGAGGAGGAGUUGGGAAAGAAUGCGAAGAUCGAGACAAAGAAGAAAGGAUGGUUCUCAACCAUGUUCAAUAGCAUUGCUGGGAAGGCAAGUCUGGAUAAGGCCGACCUGGAACCUGCUUUGAAGGCUCUCAAGGAUAGGCUAAUGACCAAGAAUGUGGCUGAGGAAAUAGCUGAAAAGUUGUGUGAAUCAGUUGCGGCAAGUCUUGAGGGUAAAAAGCUUGCAUCUUUUACAAGAAUUUCCUCAACUGUGCAGGCUGCAAUGGAAGAGGCUCUUGUUCGUAUUUUGACUCCUAGACGCUCCAUUGACAUUAUGAGGGAUGUUCAUGCUGCCAAGGACCAAGGCAAACCUUAUGUGGUUGUUUUUGUCGGAGUCAAUGGAGUGGGGAAGUCAACCAAUCUUGCUAAGGUUGCUUACUGGCUUCUGCAGCAUAAGGUCAGUGUAAUGAUGGCAGCAUGUGACACCUUCCGUUCAGGAGCAGUUGAGCAACUCCGAACUCAUGCCCGUAGACUCCAGAUCCCAAUAUUUGAAAAGGGGUAUGAGAAAGAUCCUGCAAUUGUGGCUAAGGAAGCAGUACAAGAGGCCACUCGAAAUGGUUCAGACGUGGUUCUUGUUGAUACUGCUGGUCGGAUGCAGGAUAAUGAGCCACUGAUGCGAGCACUCUCAAAGCUUAUCUAUGUCAACAAUCCUGAUCUGAUACUGUUUGUUGGUGAGGCAUUGGUUGGGAAUGAUGCUGUAGAUCAAUUGUCCAAGUUUAAUCAGAAACUUGCUGACCUUUCACCAUCUCCAAAUCCCCAACUGAUUGAUGGGAUUUUGCUCACCAAGUUUGAUACUAUUGACGAUAAGGUCGGAGCUGCACUUUCAAUGGUCUACAUUUCUGGAUCACCCGUCAUGUUUGUGGGUUGCGGGCAAUCUUACACGGAUUUGAAGAAGCUUAAUGUUAAGUCCAUCGUGAAGACCCUACUAAAAUGAUGGAAGUGUGUUGUGUUCUUCGCUCCCUAUCUUUGGCUUAUUAGUAUUUAAUAUGGGUUUCCCUCUGUCAAUGAGCAUUUUGUAUUUCCUGCCACAACUCGUUCUGUCCCCUCCCUCCUGCGAGCUCACUCACUGCUGCUUUGUUAUCUUUGAUACUGGAGACUGGAGUUUGUUCAAGCAAAUCCAAGUUUUAGGUAAUUCUGUCUCGCUCUGAUUACCUGUUUGUUUGUAGCGAAUAAUUUAGGCCUAUUUUGUUGUUCCUCGCUCUUAAUCUUAUACUACAUGACGUCAUGUAUGUUUAUGUCAA